UGCUGUGCGGUGCUGUGCGGUGCUGUGCGGUGGCGGAGGCUCAGCCAUGUGGGUGGCGGCGCUGCUGGCGCUGCUGGCGGCGGCGGGGGCGCAGUACGAGCGCUACAGCUUCCGCAGCUUCCCGCGGGACGAGCUGAUGCCGCUGGAGUCGGCCUAUCGCUACGGGCUGGACCAGUACAGCACCGAGAACUGGCCCGAGAGCGUCAGCUACCUGGAGGUCAGCAUGCGGCUGUACCGCCUGCUGCGCGACAGCGAGGCCUUCUGCCACCGCAACUGCAGCACGGCCGGGCAGCCGCCCCCCGCGGCCCCCGCUGCCCCCGGCGCGGCGCUGGAGGAGCUGCGCCUCCUGUCCGGGGUGCUGCGGCGGGCGCAGUGCCUGCGGCGCUGCAAGCAGGGGCUGCCCGCCUUCCGACAGGCGCAGCCCGGCCGCGACCUGCUCCAGGAGUUCCAGCGCCGCGAGCCCUACAAGUACUUGCAGUUCGCCUACUUCAAGGCUAAUAAUCUUCCAAAAGCCAUUGCAGCAGCUCAUACGUUUCUUCUGAAGCAUCCAGAUGAUGAAAUGAUGCAAAGAAAUAUGGCCUACUAUAAGAGCAUACCUGAUGCUGAGGAGCAUAUUAAAGACUUGGAGACAAAGCCUUAUGAGAAUCUCUUUGUCAGGGCUGUGAGAGCGUACAAUGGCGACAAUUGGCGGACAUCCAUCUCGGACAUGGAACUGGCUCUUCCAGAUUUCUUCAAAGCUUAUGAUGACUGCAUAGCAGCCUGUGAAGGCUCCCGAGAGAUCACAGAUUUUAAAGACUUCUAUCUUUCCAUUGCAGAUCAUUAUAUUGAAGUCCUUGCAUGCAAAGUGCAGUGUGAGAGCAAUCUGACACCCAUUAUAGGAGGCUUUGUCGUUGAAAAAUUUGUGGCCACCAUGUACCAUUACUUGCAGUUUGCAUAUUAUAAAUUGAAUGACAUGAAGAAUGCAGCUUCUUGUGCUGCUAGCUACCUUCUGUUUGACGCAAAAGAUGAAGUAAUGAAACAGAACAUGGUCUAUUACCAGUACCACAAAGACAAAUGGGGACUUAAAGAGGAGGAUUUUCAGCCCAGAUCGGAGGCAGUUCGAUACCACAACAUUACCACACUCCAGCUGGAAAUGUAUGAAUUUGCAAAGGAACAUCUGAUGGAUGAUGAUGAGGGUGAAGUUGUGGAAUUCCUUGAUGAGCUGUUAGAAGUGGAGGAAAAAAAGGAAUCCUGAUGAGUGAAACCACCACAAAGUAUUUUACAGAAGUGAAGACUCACCAUUGCUCCUUACUAUUGUUUUUGAUCACCUGUAGUUCCAGUUAGAUAUACCUCAAAGGUGCUUCUUUAAGCUGCACUUUCUGUCCCAAGAAAAUCCACUCCCGAAAGGUCACUUCCAUGCUGCACUGACUCUUCUGUGAGCAUGGCUUUUCACUCUGCAGAACUGGUGCACAUGAGUUUCCCCCUUGAGCUUUCUUUCCCUUACACAGACACAACAAAACAGACUGUUUCUGUUUUCUGGGAUAACACCAAGGUUCCUCAUUUUGGUGCUGUUUUACUAAGUUGUAGCAGUACAGCUAAAUUCUCAAGAACUUUUGUCAGAUUAUGAACUAUGGAAGACAUAACAGUUCCUCUUUCUGAGCUAUGAAUUGUAUUAUUUAUAUAUGUCUUUUUAUAUGAUGUUGAAUAAAGUGAUGAUGAAUCCCGGUGCACCUGAAAGAUAGUAAGGUACAUUGAAAUAGCUGAAAUAAGGUGAUUAACAAAGCACAACUAAUGAUCUUGUAAACAUUGCUUAAAGAAUUCUGAAAGCAGUGUUGGUUUUUCUUGAAAUCUAAAUUAAAUUCCACUAUGUGAAACUGAGAAUAAAAAUAAUUUUUGCUUCCUACCA